AUACAAGGCCGCGCGCAUUUCCUGUUAAGAUGGCCGACGAUACGGUUCUCGUAUCGCUGCAACAAAUAAAGCCGAUAAAGAUAGUUAAAUGGAAAGUGGGCGCCGGUUGCACGGUGCCAAUCGGUCGUGUGAUUCUCCUGUACGAUUUCGAUGGGGUCUCAGAGUCCGAACAACGCAAGCUGAAGUCGCUACAGGCCGGAACAGUGCACGAGCUGCUUGCACCGGAAGGCGCCGUCGUCCGCGCUGGAGAACCGUUGCUGCGAAUGAGGGCUUGUAUUCAUCCCACAGUGAUGAAAGAUAUGUGCGCCGAGUGCGGCGCUGACCUGCGGAAAGAAGAAUCCAGCAGAUCUGCUUCAGUUCCCAUGGUACAUUCCAUUCCAGAGUUGAAAGUUAGUGAAGAGGUCGCGCAAAAAUUGGGGAGGGCAGACGGCGAGCGGUUGAUACGCGAUCGUAAACUGGUUUUACUGGUGGAUCUUGAUCAAACACUCAUUCAUACAACAAAUGACAACAUACCACCAAACAUUAAGGACGUUUAUCAUUUCCAAUUGUACGGGCCGAACUCGCCAUGGUAUCACACGAGGCUGCGGCCUGGUACGCACACCUUCCUAAGCAAUAUUUCGCAAUUUUUUGAGCUGCAUAUUUGUACUUUUGGCGCGCGGAAUUAUGCGCACAUGAUUGCGAUGUUCCUUGAUAACGAUCAAGCUUAUUUUGCGAAUCGGAUUCUCUCGCGGGACGAAUGUUUUGAUCCGACAAGCAAAAAAGCUAAUUUAAGAGCUUUGUUUCCCUGUGGUGAUGAUAUGGUAUGCAUCAUAGACGACCGGGAAGAUGUCUGGAACCACGCGUCUAAUCUCAUUCAUGUUAAACCGUAUCAUUUCUUUAAACACACGGGUGAUAUCAAUGCACCUCCAGGUCUGGAUAAACACGAAGCCGAUAACAAAGAUGGUGUUGAUCUCAACAACAUAAAGAAAACUAAAUUAAACGGCAAGAAAACUGAGGUAAAUGAAGAAAAUGAAGAUACAAAUGGUGUGGACGCCGUUGUUCCUCCUGAGGAAGAAGAGGAGGAAAGCGUACUUAAAACAACGAAUGGAGAAUGUCCCCAUGAAGAACCACCACCAGAAUCAGAAGAAAAACCUUCAACUGAAGAAGAAAAAGUUAGCACCACAGAAGAAUCUUCUAAAGAAGAAGUUCCACUUGCCAGUGAAGAUGCGACAGCACCGAAUACAGUACAAACCCCCCCAGAAACAGAAAAAGAAAAAGAGCAAGAUUCCCAAGAGUUCAAAGAAACAACCAAACAAGAAGACAAAAAAGAAGAAGAUCUUGUAGAAAUAGAAGACCCUGAUGAUUAUCUCCUUUACUUGGAGGAUAUCCUCAAAAUGGUACACAAACGCUUCUAUGAAGAAUACGAUAAGUUGGAAGCAGGAACAGUUCCUGAUUUGAAAGUGAUUAUUCCUGCUGUGCGCAGUGAAAUCCUCAAAGGAUGCCGGCUUGUUUUCAGCGGGCUGGUACCAACACACAUCAAAUUAGAACAAAGUAAAGCUUAUCAAGUCGCGCGGAGUUUGGGAGCCAUCGUUACGCAGGAUAUUGAUGAUGAUAGCACGCAUUUGGUAGCUGUACGACCCGGUACAGCAAAGGUAAACGCUGGCAGGCGUAAAAAGCAUGUGCGGAUUGUAACCCCCGAUUGGUUAUGGGCAUGUGCUGAACGAUGGGAGCGUAUAGAAGAAGGUAUUUUCCCGCUGAGUAGCAAAGGAUCAAAAAACCGCCAUCCGCCUCCACACUGCAGCUCACCAGAACACGUACCUAAUUAUCCUAUACAUGAACAACCCACAGCACGCAAACGUACUCCCAGUGGACGAUUUAUGGACACGAUUAAUCCGCUUAUGUCGUUUUCAAGCGAUGAUAUCGCUGAUAUGGACAAAGAGGUCGAGGAUAUCUUAGAUGAUGAAACCGACGACAGUGAUAAUGAUAAUGAUGCGGAUAAUGAGACUGAGAACGAGACGGAGAGUGAAAAUGUCACUAGUCGAGAAUUACAAGCGCGACUGAUGCAAGAAGAACAAAACUCUUCUAGUUCCACAGAGUCGCUGACGAGCGAGUUCCCCAAAGGUUUCAAACGCACGCGUGAAACCCCACCGGAUGAAUUUCCCAGUGCGAAGUUUCGUAGAGGUGAAGAACUCGGCAGCGAUGUUGAUUUUGGUCAGGACUCGAACAGUGAGGGCAGUGUAGAAGCGCAAGAUGAGGCGGAUGAUGGCGAAUGGAAUAUGAUGGGCGCGGCGUUGGAGCGAGAGUUUCUUUCAAACAACUGAAACCGUCCGAAGCAAGUGUAAAUUGUGUGUCCAAAGAGGCUGGAUGAUGAUGUAUCACGAGAUCACACAACAUCGAAUCUUUUCUUUCGAUUGAUCACAGUAUUAUUUUUGUAAACUUGAUCGUUUGUUGUGUUUUGUUACUUUGUUUAUAGAUGGCGUUUCUGUAUUUAUUUGACUAAACAAUUGGGCUGUUACAACACAAUGAACAAAUGAAUAAAGAAUGAAAUGUUA